AUGUCGUCUAACAAUGUUGUCGAUCAAUAUGAGCGCGAUGGGUUUCUCAUUAUUCCGGAUGUAAUCAACAAGGACGAAUGUGAGAAACUAAAACAGGAGGCCAAGCAAGUUUUGAACAACAAAUCAUCUUCUAGUGCAUCCGUUUACGUCCAUGCAUCGGUGGCAAGUCCACUCUACUCUCAGUUCCACAGAGAUCCACGUAUCGUCGACAUUCUAAAGAAGAUCAUGCCGGAUGGCGUCAUGUUUUUAAGUGACAAAAUCGUCGUUAAAACAUCUGAUAAAACGUUUGCAACGCCUUGGCAUAUGGAUUGCUUUUACUGGCCAAACACCCGACGAAAACUUUCGAUUUGGAUUCCAUUCGAUGAUGUUGAUGCUGACAACGGCGCACUAACAGUCGUUCGUGGUAGUCACAAAAAGAAUUGGACAAUGAUCAAUAAACCAUUACCAAACGGUGAAUUCGUUUUUCAAAUCGCUGAUAGUGAUGUCGAUCAGAAAGAUGUUGUUACUUGUACAAUCAAACGUGGUGCAGCAGUCGUUUUCUCUGAUCGGCUUGUACAUGGCUCAACAUCGAACAGUGCAGGUAUUGAUCGUUAUACAGUUAUUGGUACAUAUCAAUCACCUGCUGCUGAUGAAACAUUCGAUCUGGAUUUUCCAGCUCGGGAAGUACUUGUCUGA